UUUGGCAAUAAAUCUUGUCAAGUCUGGCAAUAUUUAAAUAAUUUGAUCAGGCUUCUUAGUCAUUGUAUUUGUGAUAAAAAUAGUGACCAGCAACAUAGGCCAAGACAAAUUUCAAGGAGUAACUGAAAAUGGAGGAUGAUACAAAGCAAUGUUCAAACUGCAAACGACACAUAUCUUCUGCAAAUUUCAUGAUGCAUGAAAUUCACUGUCGGCGGCACAUAGUUUUGUGUGAGCACUGUGAUGAACCCAUUCCCCAGACAGAGCUGGAACAACAUUUCAAUGAGCUGCAUGCCAAAGUACCUUGUGACAAAUGUCAAGAGAAAAUCUCAAAGGACUGUAUGGAAAAACAUAUGGAAUCUGAUUGCCCUAAAAAGCCUGUCCUAUGCCAGUACUGUGAACUGACGGUCUCAAAAGAUGAGCUAGCCACUCACAUGGAAUACUGUGGGAGCCGCACAGAGUGCUGCCACCUUUGUAAGCAGUAUGUGAUGCUGAAGGACAUGCUGAGACAUGAAAGCUCUGGAUGCACCUACCCUGACCCUAAACCACCCCCUAGGCAGGUUGAUGCUGGUCAGUUCAGCAUGGAUGAUUUGCAGCAGCUGCUGAAUGAACCAGAUUUUGGUGCAUUGAGUUUAUGGUCCAACCUGAACAGAGAUGUGCAAUAUUAUCAUCCAGUGGACACUGUCAGCAAACCACCAGUGUACACACCACUAAGCAAUAACACAAACCAGCCUACGAAAAGAACAGAGAAUAAGAAAACUGAUGUGAAUAUCCAAAUGCAAAAAAAUCUGACUAGUCAACUUUCAAGAGAAGACAGCAACUCCAUACCCCCAGAUAUGGAUUAUGACACAAUGCUUGCAAUCCAGUUAGCACAUGAUGACUGGGAACAGGAAGACAUUCGCGUGGAUGGUGUUCAGGUGCCUUACCCCUCAUUACCACCAGAGGACGACUUUCUGCCAAUGUCUCACAAUCACUUUCUUGAUGAUGAAGUUCGUCCUAGAAAAAAUUCUUUAUCAAAUAAUAACAGCACCGAGGUGCAGCCUUCUAACACUGGUGUGGAACCGUUUUCAGACGAUGACAUGAGUAUCCCAUGUGAAAUUUGUAAUGUGGAAGUUCCUCUCAGCCAGUACUUAGAUCAUGUGGAGUUGUGUGAAGUAUCUGUGAACCAUUUUGGCGAGACAAGCGCUUAUGAUCUGAAUAAUGAGAUGACCAACCCUAGCUACAGUCGCACUAAUAUACCUGUUAUCAACAACCUGAGAACCUCCCAGAGCCCUGUGAAUGUAGCUGGUCCAGAUGGAGACAUCAUGUUGCCUUGUGAGUUCUGUGAGGACAUGUUUCCCUCUGAAGUGAUCAUCCAACAUCAGAGUGUGUGCCAGGCGGCUGAUCUGGCAUCAAUUCGAGACGACCCAAACCUUGCGAUGAACCAGAUGAAGCAUGUGUCAAAGCCCCCUCUCAAGUCAAAGUAUAUCAACUCAUCCACAAAGUCACGCCCUUUUAUGGACUACUUAGGACAGGAUGGCGGGGACGCAGAUGAAAACACAAACAGAGAACCGAACGGCCCAAGAUAUUUAAAAACUCUUGAGUCUACUGCAAACAAAUACAGUCCAGCAGUUAAUCGCUUUGAUGAGGCCAUGACACGCCCCCCUCGUCGACACUCGAGACAGCACAGCUUUGAAGAUGAGGAGCACCAGGACCUGAUGGACAUGACCGGGGCAGCGGCCAGGACCAGCAAAAGUAGCCAGAGGGCAAAGGCAACUCUCAACUCGUUGUUACAGGAUGGCAUCAACACAGAGCCAGUCCGUGGGCAGGAAAGGAAGAGAGAAACACGAGGCUUAAAAGCUGCAGACAAAACUAGCAUUGAAACUAGACCAGUUAGGGCUAAUGUUGAUUCUCGUACUGUCAUGAGGCAGUUGCAUGAGCCUAUCCAAAGGACAAGCAUCAGGCAGACGGCAGUACCACGCCACCCUCAAAGAUCUGACGAAAACACAAACCAAGGCGCACCAGGUAGAAGCCGGCAGAGAACUGACAAUGUCUUCAGUCCAGAACUACGUGUCAAGCCCAGUAAUGCCCCUCUAAAGAAACGAUGAUCACAAUUACAUGUUUCAUCAGAAUCUCAAGGAAUCUGUGAUAUAAUGACUUAUUCGUGCCAGUAUAAUCAUUGAGUGAUUCUCCCUACUUCAAUCGGUUGUUAAAAAUGUAUCUCAGAGGAAAUUUUUUUUUUUGAAAUGCUAGGACUGUUUUACCCAUAAGGACAAUUUUUCUUAGCUGUUAACUAUUUCUACCUACAUAAAGUGCUUUCUAUGCUAGUGCUCUGCCUUACUGCUGGUUAGCUUGAUGCCAGGGUUAGCAAAAUCUCACUGUUUGAUCACAGCUUGCUUAGGAUAAAGUGGCUGCUUAUAUUUUGAGAAGUUUACAUUACAAAUAACAAAAUUGAUAGUUGUAUGUAUAGUAUUGGUAUGUAUAAGAGUACUGUAAAACUUUUAAAAUUGUAUUAAGUGUUUGAAACAUUAUAAUAUAUAAUAUAUUAGCAACUUUUCAUUGCCAGAUACUUUUUCAUAAACAUUCCAUUUCAAUAUUUUACAACAAAAAAAUAAUGAUUAAAAUAAUUGUUCAAUUUAAGAUUGCUUAAUUAAAUUAAUUUUUCAUUAACAAGUAAUAUUUCUUGUUAUGGUCUGCCAUAGUGGGACUAUGAUACUGGGUAUAAUUUUUUUCAGUGGGGCUAGGUUUUGAAUUUUAAAUUCAUGCUUUACAGGUUUCCUCAUCUUUUAACAAGUUGUUUAAUUUAUGGCUUGAUGCCACCGGAUCUUUAGACAUGAACUUGAUAUGCAGAUUUAUUGCUUGAAGCAAAAUUCUAAUCACUAAAUGUCUGUUUAUAUUUUACUGCAGAAAAGGGGGAUGUAUUCCUGCUUAGAUUUAUAAUAUAGCAUAAAGCUAGUUUGAAAAUAAUGUUAUUAUCUGUGGACAUAAUAUUUUAAAUAUAAAGUUAUUUAUUUAGGAAUAAAUAUACAUCUUUACUGUUAUGUUUAAUUGGUUUAUCAAAAUAGAUCAUAUUUUUAAUUUAAAUAAGUAAAUGUUAAAGAGGAUAACACAUUUUUUUCACUUUAUUAAGUUCUUUUAGAAUUUGAUAUAUGAUUAUGUUACUUAAAAAGCUGUCAUUUGGUGUGCCAGAGAUAGAACAUCUAAAUUUUCUAUCUCUUCAGAGUUGCCAACUUGUCACUUGUGAUGUGUAUGGCUGAACUUGUCAUUUGUGAUGUGUAUGGCUGAACUUGUCAUUUGUGAUGUGUAUGGCUGAUCUUGUCAUUUGUGAUGUGUAUGUCUGAACUUGUCAUUUGUGAUGUGUAUGGCUGAUCUUGUCAUUUGUGAUGUGUAUGGCUGAACUUGUCAUUUGUGAUGUGUAUGGCUGAACUUGUCAUUUGUGAUGUGUAUUGUAUGGCUGAACUUGUCAUUUGUGAUGUGUAUUGUAUGGCUGAACUUGUCAUUUGUGAUGUGUAUGGCUGAACUUGUCAUUUGUGAUGUGUAUGGCUGAACUUGUCAUUUGUGAUGUGUAUUGUAUGGCUGAACUUGUCAUUUGUGAUGUGUAUGGCUGAUCUUGUCAUUUGUGAUGUGUAUGUCUGAACUUGUCAU